AUGGCCAAUGAGGAAGGCAAUGGCUCCACCGCCCAUUUGGCCGCCGAAGAAGACGAGCUUGAGGGCAACGAUUUCCUGGUGAAAGACCGUUCGUGCACAGAUUGCUGGUGCAUUCUGGUCUUCCUUGCUGCACUAGCAGUUUUCGUGUUCGUGACAUUCCUCGGCCUGCAGGAUGGGAAUCCUCGGAAGCUAUACCUACCGCGCGACUACAGCGGCAGCUACUGCGAUGCUGAUUCCAACUGGGGGACCAACUACAAUCUGCAGGGCUUCCCCUUCCUGAGCUACACCAUGAACGUCACGUCUACGACGGAUUUGGUCGUCAAAGAAUUGAUCUGCUCGUAUGCAGCCCGCGAUGCUUUGGUCGGUGGUUCUAGCCCACUGCUGACAAGCACGUCAGAGCAACAGGCAUAUCUAUGCCAUUGCUGCCUUGCGCCUUGUGCCAAGUGUACGGGCAGCUACAAGACGGAGAAGCUACAGAGUGGGGGCAUUCAGGGGACCAUCUCUGGCAAGAUGUCUGAGAUUACCGGUCUGGGAGGGGACCUCUUCAGUCCCAGUGGCUCCAACGGCGAGCUCUUUACCGAGAUCUGGAGCGAGGCCACGAUGUACUUCCACAUGGUCUGUCUUCCCGACUGUUCCACGAGUUUUGCCACACUGAACGGGACCAACACCGCCCGACGGUGGACCUACGAGAUGGCGCCUGACGACCCUCUCGCGACCUACUGGGCUGUGUUGAAGACUUCCGGACCACCGGAGAUCCAGGCCACGAUCAACUCAUCCUUUACCUUUCUGGCACUUCCGGAGUCUCUUUGUCCCUACCCUGCCUCGAAAUGUAUACCAAUGCCGGGUGUGGAGCUCACUGAGGGCAUGCCGGGGCAUUGCAGCUUGGGAUUAACCACCACAGCUCAAGACCAACUUGGCGCUGCUUUGUCGGAUGCCUUCGGAAGCCUUGGAUCCCAGGCUUUCCAAGAAGAGCUCGCCUCUUUCCAGACCUUUGGCAGCCUUUUCGGCGAGGCUUUCAAAACAGGCGAUACAUUUGCUGCCACAGCCGCGUCGUGCCUCAUCAUCGGCUUCGUCUACAUCAUCCUCCUUCGCUUCCUCGUUGGUGUUUGUGUGUGGACAGCGCUACUUGCCAUGCUUCUGCUCUUUGCUCUGGGUGGUGGCAUUGUGUAUGCUAGCUCAAGCCAAUGCCAGGGGACGGACUUGCUGGACACCUCGUACGAAAUGGCAAUGGCUGCUGCCACGUCUGUACAGCAGUAUUCGACCACGCUCGUGCAGCAGACCCUUGAAGGCGAGUCUUGGGAGGUUCCAAGCGAAGUUCUGAUAGGCGACGGAGCCAACUACGCAGGCAUGCAAAGACGAAGCGUGGAAGGAUAUAACUGCAUACAGUGGGGCUUGGCGAACACCCUGGCAGAGAACUACUCCCAGGCGAAUUUCCCAGACUCCAACCUGACUGGCAAUUUCUGUCGGAACCCGUACAAUACAAGUACAGCCACGGACGAGACAAAGGCCGGUACUAUCUGGUGCUUCACUGCAGAUGAGAAAGUCACAUGGCAAGAGUGCCGCCCUAUUGGCGUGAUCCGACCUCUGUGCCAGAAUGGCUAUGCCGUGCCUGAUGAGGGAGUCCGUCUCCUGCUGGAGUACACUGCAUAUGUGCUAUGGGUCCUCGGCGGGUUAUACUUGUUUCUGGUGCUGUGCUUUUGCGGUCGAAUUCGGCUAGCAAUUGCCGUGAAUAAAGUCGCCGCGAUCUUCGUGGCCCAAACGCCACAAGUCAUGCUGGUGCCUGUGAUCCAGGCUCUGGUGGCAGUUCUGUGGAUUGGCCUGUGGAUUUUUUGUUCCUCCUUUCUCUUGUCCCAAGUGCCGGAAGAUUACACACCAAAGGAUGCUUAUGCCACAUACGCCGAGGCUUUCGGAACACCGGACACGCCGGGCAGAUGCACUGACAAGUGGCCCACGGGCUUCACCUACAAGGACGACGACAACUGCGCCAGCGUGAAUGGGACUGUUCAUUGCUGGAAGUGUGGCCAACCACGUUUCGCCUUCGACUGGCGCUUUGCGUGUUCGUUCUUCGUUUUUCUGUGGAAUAAUGCGUUGAACAUAGCACUUGGUCAGUUCAUAAUUGCUGCAUCAGUGGCAGCCUGGUUUUUCACUCCGAACCGAUUGAAAGGAAGACGAGGA